AUGCAAGCAACUCUCAAGAGAGUCGUCUCAGACUGUCGGGUAUGGAGGAAAGUACGAUUCUACUCUGUUGAAGAAAAACCACGCAUCAAUGCAGUUGGAAUUCAGCACUUAGGCAAACAUCUACACAACCAGGUAUUUGGGGCCGAAAAGUCCAAUGGGGUAGUUCCCGAGCUUACUGUAAAGGAGAAACAGCUACUUACACGAUUGUCCAGGCAAUUUCUGAAAAAACACGGUCUUUUGGGCAAAAAAACCGCCAUAUCAAAUCCUAUCUCUUUUGAUUUACCGCUUUUACAAGGCAACUCGCUGGACGAGCACUUCCAAAAGCUGGGUCACUAUGCUUCUGAGCCUUUUCUCAGCAAGGCACGUAACAAGUUCACCGAACUGCCGCCCAAGCCAAAAUCUUGGCUCAGAAAAGCAGGAUGGACGCGAUACACAUCCUCUGGCGAGCACCAACCUGUUGCAUUCCCUUGCGAGCAAACAAUCGUUUUUGAUGUUGAAACACUGUAUAAAAUUUCGCCUUAUCCGACGCUGGCCGUCGCGGUCUCCGAAAAAGCCUGGUAUUGCUGGUGUUCUCCGUUUAUAUGUGGAGAAUCGGACGACCCAACACAUUUGAUUCCUUUAGAUACGUUAAACCAGACCAGGCUCGUAAUAGGUCAUAACGUCGGGUACGAUCGUGCUCGUGUGUUGGAAGAGUAUAACUGCCAGGAAUCAAAAGCCUUUUUUCUAGACACAAUGUCAUUGCAUGUAGCAUCCUCCGGUAUGUGUUCACGACAGCGACCUCAAUGGAUGCAAAGGCAAAAGGCGCAAAAACUAAACAACGACGAGGACAUUGGCACAGAGACUAUCUCUGGCAGCGAGGAAGAAGAGCCGUGGACCAAUGUGUCAGCGCUCAACUCACUCGAGGAUGUAGCGCUUCUACACUGUGGAAUCAAAUUGGACAAAACCCAACGAGAUGCCUUUUCAACCCUCGACAAGAAUGACAUCAUAGACAACUUCAAUCCAAUGGUCGAUUAUUGUGCUAUGGACGUUGAAGCAACAAGUAAAGUGUUUGAUGUUGUUUUCCCACUGUUUUUGCUGAAGUGUCCUCAUCCUGUUUCAUUUGGUGCUUUGAGGCUGCUUUCAACUUCGAUUCUAACGACAAAGGACUCAGACUGGAAAAAGUACAUUGCGCAGUCCGAGAAUCAUUAUCAACAGAGCAAGCAGAGCAUCGAAAAAAAAAUUGUUACUAUCAUCGAAGAGGUAGUCAAACUGAAAGACGACGAAGACGCAUUCACCAAGGAUCCUUGGUUAAAUCAACUUGACUGGACUUUGAAAAAACUACGUCUCACGAAAAAAGGCGUCCCUGCAAAAGGGCAAAAAUUGCCCGGUUUUCCGGAAUGGUACAGGCAAUUGUUUCCUUCCAAAGACAGCGAAGCACCUGUCAUUACCAUAAGAAAUAGGACGAUUCCUCUCUUUUUCAAACUUUCUUGGGAAGGGGAACCUGUUCUUUGGACCGAUACUAGUGGAUGGUGCUUUGCUGCUCCCAAUCAUCGAAUUGAGGAGAUGAAGGAGAAAAACUAUGUUACAGCUGAUCCUGUAGAUGUGGCAAAGCCAGGAUAUCAGCUUUUCAAAAUUCCACAUCCUAAUGGGCCUCAGUACAACUGUACGACUCUGCUAAGCAAACCUUAUGUUCAGUAUUUUGAGAAAGGAGUUCUAACUUCUAGCUCAGAUUUGGCUCAGGAGGCUUUAAAAAUAAAUUCCUCUUGUUCAUACUGGAUAUCCGCUCGCGAGAGAGUUAUGUCACAAUUUCUCGUAUCUUCCAAGCAGUUCCCAGCUCAAUUCAAAGACUUAGGGCGUAAACCCUUUUCAGACAGUAGUGUGAGUAUCAUUUUGCCUGCUGUGAUUCCAAUGGGAACAGUUACCAGAAGAUCUGUGGAAAAUACUUGGUUGACGGCAUCAAAUGCGAAAGUUAACAGAAUUGGGUCUGAGCUGAAAGCGCAAAUUCAAGCUCCCCCAGGAUAUGCGUUCGUCGGCGCUGACGUUGACAGUGAAGAACUUUGGAUUGCAUCCCUCGUAAGUGAUUCCGUUUUUAAUAUUCACGGAGGUACGCCGAUAGGGUGGAUGUGCCUCGAGGGCUCUAAAAGUGAAGGAACAGAUUUGCAUUCGAAAACUGCGCAAAUAUUGAAGUGCUCAAGAAAUGAAGCCAAGAUAUUCAAUUACGGUAGGAUUUAUGGUGCAGGCGUAAAGUUUGCGACUCAACUGCUGAAAAAGUUUAAUCCAAACUUAUCCGAUGUCGAAACGAAAGAAAUGGCGGAAAAGCUGUACGGAUCAACCAAGGGUCUAACUAAGCGCUCCAAGAUUUUCAAGAAAUUCUGGUAUGGUGGCUCCGAAUCCAUACUGUUCAACAAACUAGAACAUAUUGCCGAACAGGACAUCCCGAAAACACCUGUCUUAGGGGCAGGAAUUACAUACUCGCUUAUGAAACGCAAUCUGGGAUCAAACACGUUUCUUCCAUCGCGAAUUAAUUGGGCAAUUCAGUCUUCGGGUGUUGACUAUUUACACCUAUUAUGCUGCUCUAUGAACUAUCUCAUCAAAAAAUACGAGAUUGAGGCAAGGCUAUGCAUUUCAAUUCAUGACGAGAUUCGUUACUUGACGGCCGAAAAGGAUAAGUAUCGUACAGCGAUGGCUUUGCAAGUUAGCAACCUCUGGACAAGGGCAAUUUUUUCCGAACAAAUGGGGAUCAAUGACCUUCCUCAGAACUGUGCUUUCUUCUCGGCAAUAGACAUUGACCAUGUACUUCGAAAAGAAGUUGACAUGGAUUGUAUUACGCCUUCUAAUAAGGUCUCUAUCCCGCCAGGUGAGUCCAUUGACAUAACGAGGUUGCUUACACUGUCAGACAGCAAACUCACGAAUGCUAGGACGGAUGUCGACGUCAUGAACUUGCCCUACCAAUAUCGAGAACCGGUUUUUUCCAAACAUCAGAGAGCCUACAGCAAAGAUUUCUUGAACUAUUUUCUCCGGAUGCAAAUUCAAUCAGCUAAAUGGAAGGUCGAUGAAUUGGAAAGUGACUAUUUAAGACAUGCUGAUGAAAAGGAUCGGAAAUCUGAAGACGAAGACUACAAAUAUCAAUUCGCAGAUUACCUAAACGACACGACCAAGGGGAAGCAUACGAAAAUGAAUAUUAUGGCAGAAACUCCUCCAAUUAGUACGUCUAAUCUGUUAGACUGUGGAGGUAAGAGCACACAUUCGGCAGAAGCAUUGAAAAAGGAAGACGAGAUCGAACAGGCAGAAGAAGUGUUGCAUCCCGAGGUUCGUAGCCUCGAAGCGCAGCAUUUACAAGCCAGCGAAUCCGGCAUCGUCGCCAGAAAAGUAUCAUCCAGACAGAAAGGUCGCAGAAGUUCGCCCUCUAGAAGCUCGGGCUAUAGAAUAUUCAACGAAUGUAUCGAUUUGUCGCGAAACGCUGCAGAACGAAGACAAAAACAGCUCGUUGACAAACGCCUAGACGUUGAUUCGCUCGUGAAAGAGGUUUUGCAGGGCGAAACUGGCCGCUCUACGCGGACCAAAAGAUCUAAGCCAUCGUAUUCGGCACCCAUAAAGAGAAAAGAGACUCAGUGGAAGAAAAGUAGCCCAAAGGGCACACUAGAGAGAGUCCCCACUUCCUGUAUUCCAGCAACCGAAACACGUGGAAGUUGA